UGAGCCCAGGAGGCAGAGUUUGCAGUGAGCCGAGAUUGUGCCACUGCACUCCAGCCUGGGUGACAGAGCAAGACUCCGUCUCAAAAAAAAAAAAAAAAAAAAAAAAAGAAGUUUAUAACCUAGCUGAGGAGUUGGGGUGGCAGAGGGGUGAUCUAACACUAAAGUUAUUGUCCUGGCUCCACAAAGCACAUCUCAUACCAGUUCAGAUAUAAUCCCUCUAAGAAGUAGAAUGCCAUAUGACAGCAUAGGCUAAGAGCCAAGAACAGAACCAAGUGGAGUGGGGCAGGUAAGGAUUUGGAGCUGUGUCUUCACAAGUUGAGAUUCUCCUGGGUGGGUAGGGAAAUGAUACCACUGCUAUCAGCUCUUUCAUUUUCCAUAUUCCAGGUUGAGAUAAAUAAGGUUAGGAAGUGAAAAGAAUCUAUCGGCCAGGCAUGGUGGCUCACGCCAGUAAUCCCAGCACUUUGGGAGGCCGAGGCAGGUGGAUCUUUUAAGGUCAGGAGUUCAAGACCAGCCUGGCCAACAUGGUGAAACCCCGCCUCUACUAAAAAUAAAAAAUUAGCCAGGCAUGGUGGCAUGUGCCUGUAGUCCCAGCUACCUGGGAGGCUGAGGCAUGAGAAAUGCUUGAACCUGGGAGACAUAGGUUGCAGUGAGCCAAGAUUGUGCCACUGCACUCCAGCCUGGGUGACAGAGUGAGACUCUGCCUUAAAAAAGAAAAAAAAAAAAAAAAAGAAUCUCAAUCUAUCUCCUAUCUCUCGGCUGGGUGCAGUGGCUCACUUUGGGAGGCUGAGGUGGGAGGAUUCCUUGAGUUCAGGAGUUCAAGACCAGCCUGGGUAACAUAGUGAAACCCUGUCUCUAUUCUCAAUAUUAAUAAUUUGUCUAAAACUUUUAAACAAAAGUUUAAGAUUAUUUUCUUAAAAAAAGAAUCCAUCUACCACUCCUGUUCCAAAUUUGAGGAAAGCAUUAUUGACUUGGCAACAAUAAACAGAAAAAAAGAAAUAGCAGAGAUGGGCAAAAAAAAUAUGUUCUCUGUAUAUAGAGAUGAGGCCUCCAGGGGGCAGCACCAAGGCAGAGAAGUAGACUAAGAUAGCUCAGUCCUUUCCUUGGUCUGGGGCUCCCCACAGUUCCCCACCAUCACUCCUCCCAUUCCUUCCAACUUUAUUUUUAGCUGCCAUUGGGAGGGGGCAGGAUGGGAGGGAAAGUAAAGAAAACAGAAAAGGAGAGGGACAGACAGAGGCCAGAGGACUUCUCAUACCAGACAGAAACCGAUCAGGCAUGGAACUCCCCCUCGUCACUCACCUGUUCUUGCCCCUGGUGUUCCUGACAGGUGAGGAAAGUUAACUUCUUGGUUUCUGGUGGGAAUGGAAGAUAUAUAGAUUGUUUGGAAUUGGGACCAUUAGAGUUAAAAUUCUUUGGGAUUUAGAUUAGGAAGCAAACACUGGUUCUACAUUUCUUGUAUGUGCGUCUGUGUCCUUGUGCAUUUUUAUGCCCUCACAUAUGACUGUUUGAAUAUUGAGACUGGCACAGGCUAAAGCUGCCUAGGACCUUGUGUAAGAUUUGUAUCUGAUAAUAAUUAUUAUAAUUAUUUUUUAAAGAUAGGGUCUCACUUUGUUGCCUAGGCUGGAGUGCAGUGGUGCAACCACAGCUCAGCAGUUGGGACUACUAGGUACGCGCCACCACACACAGCUAAUUUUUUUUUUUUUUGAAACAGGGUCUCACUCUGUCACUCAAGCUGGAGUGCAGUGGCAUGAUCAUGGCUCACUCUAGCCUCAACCUCCCAGGCUGAGGUGAUCCUUCCACCUUGGCCUCCCGAGUAGCUGGGACUAUAGGCAUGUGCUACCACGCCUGGCUAAUUUUUUUUUUUUUUUAGAGACAGAGUUUUGCCAUGUUGGCCAGGCUGGUCUUUAACUCCUGGACUCAAGCAAUCUGCCCCCACAGCCGCCCAAAGUGCUGGGAUUACAGGCAUGAGCCACCAUGCUUGGCUGAGAUUUAUAUCUAAAUAUAUAAAAUCUCCAUCCUAAGCCCUAUAGGGGUAAGGAGACAAAAAAGAAAUGUGAUGUGACCUUCCACGUGGCUAGUCUGAUUCCUAUUAUCCCCUCCCUAACUUCUUACCCUUGGUGGUCCCUGGGGCCUGAGGCAUAACUAACUAUGUGGUCAGAACUCUGGGUCUAUCUAACCAAUGAGCUGCAGUUUCUGGUCAUACAGCCCUGCCAGUUUUCUGGAUGCAAAACUGCAUACAAAACACCUUUCUGAAAAUGAGCAUGGUUUGGGAGAAAGCUAUAGCCAUUGGUAAUGGUGAGGGGGUAUCCUGAGAGGGGGUUGCUUAGAAGUACAGAGCAAGACAUAGUUGGGGAAAGGACCAUGGGAAGGACAAGAGGCCUGGAAUUUUUCCUUGGCAGUGCCCUGUAAUCAUUGUUUCCUAAAAUACCAGCUCUGAUUUUAAAGGCAUUGGGGUCAAAAGGGAAGAUCAGCCAGGGUCGGGCACCUUUAGAGUGGGCUGAAGGCUGAGGAAACCAUGGAGGUAGGCAGGGGACCAGUUGGGAGAGUAGAUUAGUUAAAAAAGAAGUAGGUUGUGGGAAACUUCAGGGUGAUGGGACCCUUGGAAAGGAUGGAUGGCAAACUAUGUGUGUGGGCAGGCAAGUGGCCCCACCCAGUUAAUUACCACUGAGAUUUCCAAGGCUGGAAUCAACCAGGAACCUAGACAUUGGAAAAAGUAAGUGUGACAAUGACACUGAAAGUCAGGAAGAGAUAAAGAAGGAGAGAGCCAGACAUGCAGUGCUCCUUAGCUUCCUUUCAUUCGCCCUAUCUUGGGGAGAAUUGGAAGCAAUGGUUGUUCUGGGGAUACAGAAAGGCCCUCUCCCUCUUUUGACCCUCACAGUUUGUUGAGGAGAGUGUGUGGGAGGAAUGUUGUGGAAAAGAGUGACUUGACCUUUUCAGACAUGUCUGUGAAUGAAAUUUCAGGGGUGGGAAUGGAAAUACAGCUGUACAUCAGCAUGGCAGAGAGCCACAGUUUAGGCAUCUGGACACAAACACAGGAAGGGAAUCAUCUUUGCCUGGAGCUCUGAGUACAUGACACUGAGUGAGGCCAGAAAAGCUUAUGAGUGAAAAAGCAGGCAGACAGACUGAGAUUAAGACGCUUCCUCACAGCUUCUCUCUGGCUGUGCCUUUAGCCAUUCACUACCUCAUACUAACCUUAUGAUCCUGGCCCCACAGGUCUCUGCUCCCCCUUUAACCUGGAUGAACAUCACCCACGCCUAUUCCCAGGGCCACCAGAAGCUGAAUUUGGAUACAGUGUCUUACAACAUGUUGGGGGUGGACAGCGAUGGCUGCCCAACAUACAUGGAUGUUGUCAUCGUCUUGGAUGGCUCUAACAGCAUCUACCCCUGGUCUGAAGUUCAGACCUUCCUACGAAGACUGGUAGGGAAACUGUUUAUUGACCCAGAACAGAUACAGGUGGGACUGGUACAGUAUGGGGAGAGCCCUGUACAUGAGUGGUCCCUGGGAGAGUUCCGAACGAAGGAAGAAGUGGUGAGAGCAGCAAAGAACCUCAGUCGGCGGGAGGGACGAGAAACAAAGACUGCCCAAGCAAUAAUGGUGGCCUGCACAGAAGGGUUCAGUCAGUCCCAUGGGGGCCGACCCGAGGCUGCCAGGCUACUGGUGGUUGUCACUGAUGGAGAGUCCCAUGAUGGAGAGGAGCUUCCUGCAGCACUAAAGGCUUGUGAGGCUGGAAGAGUGACACGCUAUGGGAUUGCAGUCCUUGGUCACUACCUCCGGCGGCAGCGAGAUCCCAGCUCUUUCCUGAGAGAAAUUAGAACUAUUGCCAGUGAUCCAGAUGAACGAUUCUUCUUCAAUGUCACAGAUGAGGCUGCUCUGACUGACAUUGUGGAUGCACUAGGAGAUCGGAUUUUUGGUCUCGAAGGGUCCCAUGCAGAAAACGAAAGCUCCUUUGGGCUGGAAAUGUCUCAGAUUGGUUUCUCCACUCAUCGGCUAAAGGAUGGGAUUCUCUUUGGGAUGGUGGGGGCCUAUGACUGGGGAGGCUCUGUGCUAUGGCUUGAAGGAGGUCACCGCCUUUUCCCCCCACGAAUGGCACUGGAAGACGAGUUCCCCCCUGCAUUGCAGAACCAUGCAGCCUACCUGGGUUACUCUGUUUCUUCCAUGCUUUUGUGGGGUGGACGCCGCCUGUUUCUCUCUGGGGCUCCUCGAUUUAGACAUCGAGGAAAAGUCAUCGCCUUCCAGCUUAAGAAAGAUGGGGCUGUGAGGGUUGCCCAGAGCCUCCAGGGGGAGCAGAUUGGUUCAUACUUUGGCAGUGAGCUCUGCCCAUUGGAUACAGAUAGGGAUGGAACAACUGAUGUCUUACUUGUGGCUGCCCCCAUGUUCCUGGGACCCCAGAACAAGGAAACAGGACGUGUUUAUGUGUAUCUGGUGGGCCAGCAGUCCUUGCUGACCCUCCAAGGAACACUUCAGCCAGAACCCCCGCAGGAUGCUCGGUUUGGCUUUGCCAUGGGUGCUCUUCCUGAUCUGAACCAAGAUGGUUUUGCUGAUGUGGCUGUGGGGGCGCCUCUGGAGGAUGGGCACCAGGGAGCACUGUACCUGUACCAUGGAACCCAGAGUGGAGUCAGGCCCCAUCCUGCCCAGAGGAUUGCUGCUGCCUCCAUGCCACACGCCCUCAGCUACUUUGGCCGAAGUGUGGAUGGCCGGCUAGAUCUGGAUGGAGAUGAUCUGGUCGAUGUGGCUGUGGGUGCCCAGGGGGCAGCCAUCCUGCUCAGCUCCCAGCCCAUUGUCCAUCUGGUCCCAUCACUGGAGGUGACCCCACAGGCCAUCAGUGUGGUUCAGAGGGACUGUAGGCGGCGAGGCCAGGAGGCAGUCUGUCUGACCGCAGCCCUUUGCUUCCAAGUGACCUCCCGUACUCCUGGUCGCUGGGAUCACCGAUUCUACAUGAGGUUCACCGCAUCACUGGAUGAAUGGACAGCUGGGGCACGUGCAGCAUUUGAUGGCUCUGGCCAGAGGUUGUCCCCUCGGAGGCUCCGGCUCAGUGUGGGGAAUGUCACUUGUGAGCAGCUACACUUCCAUGUGCUGGAUACAUCAGAUUACCUCCGGCCAGUGGCCUUGACUGUGACCUUUGCCUUGGACAAUACCACAAAGCCAGGGCCUGUGCUGAAUGAGGGCUCACCCACCUCUAUACAAAAGCUGGUCCCCUUCUCAAAGGAUUGUGGCCCUGACAAUGAAUGUGUCACAGACCUGGUGCUUCAAGUGAAUAUGGACAUCAGAGGCUCCAGGAAGGCCCCAUUUGUGGUUCGAGGUGGCCGGCGGAAAGUGCUGGUAUCUGCAACUCUGGAGAACAGGAAGGAAAAUGCUUACAAUACUAGCCUGAGUCUCAUCUUCUCUAGAAACCUCCACCUGGCCAGUCUCACUCCUCAGAGAGACAGCCCAAUAAAGGUGGAAUGUGCAGCCCCUUCUGCUCAUGCCCGGCUCUGCAGUGUGGGGCAUCCUGUCUUCCAGACUGGAGCCAAGGUGACCUUUCUGCUAGAGUUUGAGUUUAGCUGCUCCUCUCUCCUGAGUGAGGUCUUUGUGAAGCUGACUGCCAGCAGUGACAGCCUGGAGAGAAAUGGGACCCUUCAAGAUAACACAGCCCAGACCUCAGCCUACAUCCAAUAUGAGCCCCACCUCCUGUUCUCUAGUGAGUCUACCCUGCACCGCUAUGAGGUUCACCCAUAUGGGACCCUCCCAGCGGGUCCUGGCCCAGAAUUCAAAACCACUCUUAGGGUUCAGAACCUAGGCUGCUAUGUGAUCAGUGGCCUCAUCAUCUCAGCACUCCUUCCAGCUGUGGCCCAUGGGGGCAAUUACUUCCUCUCACUGUCUCAAGUCAUCACUAACAAUGCAAGCUGCAUAGUGCAGAACCUGACUGAACCCUCAGGCCCACCUGUGCAUCCAGAGGAGCUUCAACACACAAACAGACUGAAUGAGAGCAAUACUCAGUGUCAGGUGGUGAGGUGCCACCUUGGGCAGCUGGCAAAGGGGACUGAGGUCUCUGUUGGACUAUUGAGGCUGGUUCACAAUGAAUUUUUCCGAAAAGCCAAGUUCAAGUCCCUGACAGUGGUCAGCACCUUUGAGCUGGGAACCGAAGAGGGCAGUGUCCUACAGCUGACUGAAGCCUCCCGUUGGAGUGAGAGCCUCCUGGAGGUGGUUCAGACCCGGCUCAUCCUCAUCUCCCUGUGGAUCCUCAUAGGCAGUGUCCUGGGAGGGUUGCUCCUGCUUGCUCUCCUUGUCUUCUGCCUGUGGAAGCUUGGCUUCUUUGCCCAUAAGAAAAUCCCUGAGGAAGAAAAAAGAGAAGAGAAGUUGGAGCAGUGAAUGUAGAAUAAGGGUCUAGAAAGUCCUCCCUGGCAGCUUCUUCAAGAGACUUGCAUAAAAGCAGAGGUUUGGGGGUUCAGAUGGGACAAGAAGCCGCCUCUGGACUAUCUCCCCAGACCAGCAGCCUGACUUGACUUUUGAGUCCUAGGGAUGCUGCUGGCUAGAGAUGAGGCUUUACCUCAGACGAGAAGAGCCGGCACCAAAACUAGCCAUGCUUCCACCCUCUGCUUCCCUCCUCCUCUUGAUCCUGGUUCCAUAGCCAACACUGGGGCUUUUGUUUGGGGUCCUUUUAUCCCCAGGAAUCAAUAAUUUUUUUGUCUAGGUGCCUGACUCCUUUCAUAUUCCCUUUAUCUUCCCUCACAGUUUGGAAAGGAUGAGGGUUAUCUUCCUCGAUUCUUCCACCCUCUCACCUUCCUGCCUGUUCUCCACUCCACAGGAGGGAGCUGACGUUGGCUUGAAAGGAGUAAAGUCAACAUCUGCUGCUUUCCUGUGGACUCUGGUGAUUCAUAGAGCCGGAUGGGGAGAGUCAACAGGAAAAAAGGAGGGAGGAGGAAAAGCCACAAGAGACAUUCUGUACAAUUCCAAGGAACAGAGAAGCCUUUAGACAGGCAACUGCCAUCCCCCCCUGAAACCUGAGACCUGUAGUGCACUCGACCGCCCUCAGGUGUUGGUGAGACAGAGCUGCCCCCAGGCUCGCUGGGCACAGGCUUCCUGAUUCCAAGCCUUUUCUGGAAGCAAAGCCAGGGCCUGGUGCCUGAUUUUCUGAAGCCAGGAGCCCUCAGGUGGCUGGAGCUGGAAUAGCAGGGAGGACUGGGUCUACCUAGGCAGUAUUUUCUCUACUUGCUCUCAAGUCUUAUACUCACUCUUGAGCCCUCCUUGGGGCCUCCUUAGAAAGCAGACAGGAGAGAGAGUACUGCUGCUUGAUGACGGGAAAUGCUUUCACUUUACCAGCUUUGGGAAGCAGCAGCCCCAUGGGAUCUAAACGCGUGGGGUCUGCAUUAAGAAGCCUGCAUGGAUGGCAUGGGGCUCUGGGGAGCAAGCCCUUACUUGCUCAGCACUAGUUAUGUAGCACAAAUAGCUCCUAGGAAAAUGUUUCUGGGGCAACCCUAGAACCCUGGUCAUAUUUUGCAGGGUUUCUCUGGUGGAAUCAGUUUGCCAGCCCUUGCUUGACGCUUACUGGAAAUCUCCAGGUUAAUUUCUAUCUCGAAUCCCUCCCCAACCCACUCCAUAUUUGGGUCAUGGCCAGUAAACGCAGUUGGAUUCUUAUAGACAACUGGGUAACUUAUAUUUCUUUGUAUCGAGACUUGAGAUAUCGAAGUCAGUUAUUGGUCUCCAGAGUGCAGCUCUGGGAGCCUUUUGAAGAAUCAGCACUCAUUUAGAGCUGAGAAGAGAGAAGACCUGAUUGGGUGAUUGACUAGCAGUCACAGAACCUGUCCUCCCAGGCUGUUCCUGAGGCCUGACCACAGUAUUUAUUUUGGCAUGUCUCUGGCCUUCUGCAGAGGCCCACCCUCAUGGGCAUUGUCUCUGUUUCCCAGCGGGGUGGACAGUAUAUCAGAUGGUCAGAACAAAUAAAGUUCAGUGUCAAAUGA